AUGCACGCGACAGUGCCGAUUCUCACGUUGGGGCCGUACUCCCUCGCCUUUGUGGUGGGUCUCCUGCUAUACUGGAACACCUCUCUCAUCGUUUCGCGGGUGCUGACAGCCUUCAUUGUCUCGAUGAUCGCCAUGAAGCUGGCCCUCUUCUUUCACCUGCUCUUCAGUUGCUGCUACCGAGUCGUCUCUCUUCUGUUCCGCUUCCGCACGUUCUGGAACCCGAACGACGCCCUCGACUUCUUCAGGACUCAGUCACAGUUCUACACCAUUGCUGACAUGGCGAGCCUUGCACUGAUGGUCGGCAACUCCCUGCAGUUUUGGACUGCCACCUUGGUGACGCGCGUCGCCCUCUCCACUCUUGCCGCUCGCACGGAGCUGAGCAUGCGCUGGUGGCAGUCGCAAUCGGCAGCCGAACAUAGCUUUUCGGUGGUUGUGUGUCUGCUGCUCUGUACAGGGUGCGCGCUGCAGUGGGCCUACUAUACACUUCUCCCACAGGAGGAGAGGACCCAGGGUGGAACAGGCUCACUUCUGAUGUGGUACACGUCAAUUGUGUACAUUGUGGAAGCGGGGCUGCGCAGUGCCUGCAUGCUGGUGACGGCGACGAUGCGGAUGUGGGGCUACAGAGUACUCCAGUCUCUGCUCAGGCAAAUCAAUCCUAUCGCCGUGCGAGCGCUUGAGGACUCCGGCUUGAACCCGUUCUCUGAGGUGCACGACCUCUACAUGCAGUAUCUCUACUCGGUCGCAUGCGCCGCCACAGCGUGGUACUACACCUUGUCCUCCACCACAAUGUGGAUGCAGUGCUUUAUGCUGCUGCGCAUCUACCUUAUUGCACUGGCCUCCGGCAAACUGCGCCACUAUCGCCACGUGCUCGACCACUUCCCCUCCGUCGCCGCGGACCCGACAAAGGCGUGUGGUAUCUGCCUGGACGACUUUGUGGGUGGAGAGAGUGUAAAGUCGCUACCAUGUGGGCACACGUUCCACGGAGCGUGUGUCCGCUCCUGGCUCAUCCGCGCUGCGGUGUGCCCGACGUGUCGGCAACCCGUUGCGGAACUAAGCUAUCAGCACUUCGCGGUGGCGCACCCUGAGCGCAUUUCACGGCAGCCGCGUGUUUCCCUAGAUAUGCGUGUACCUGCAACAGGCGGUAGCUUCACUGGAUCGCUGCAGCCGCUUGCCCCACGACUGCCAGCUACAGCUCCCUUGGCCCGUGUAUCAAGCCAAGAUGUGGUUCAUAGCGGUCGUGACGUGCUGUCGCAGUCGCCAUCCUUGCCAGUUGAGCUUCGAAGGCUGCCACAUUAUGAGGAGCUGCAGCGCGUCGAUGCCAAGCGUCGGUCACUCGCCCUUCACCGCCAGCAGCAGCAGCAAUUCUUCUCAGAAGGCGCCCGCGCCGCCGCGUCACAGGAAGACCGUCACGAAGCAGAAACGAAAAAUCGCGUGAGAGACCAAAGCGCCGGUGUCGAUGACCUUCUUUUCAAAGAGCAGUCGCUCCUUCCGGUUGAGUCAGCGUCGCUGCCGCUGCAUAGCAGUACUUCAUCCAGGCGUCGCAAGAGGCAGCGACCGCCGCUGGAAUGCACCUCUCGCAGCGUCACAAGCAACGCGAACGCAGUUUUUAUUGAGGCUCCGGAGACAGAAGACCUGCAGCCGCGACGGAGAAUGAAGUAG